AUGGCUACCGUUGUAGACAAGACGGCUGAUGGAAUCAUCUAUCGUUCCGAGAAAAGCUACCCGAUACCUGACCUCGAUGUACUAACGCUUCUAUUCGACUCCGAACACAGCCUAGCCAAACCAAACACCCCCCUCCACGUCUCAGCCGCAGACCCAAGUCUAAUCCUAACCACAUCGCGCGCCCGCCACCUAACCCAAGCCACCUCAGCCGCCCUCCGCAAGCACUUUGGUAUCGGCGCCCAUGGCCCAGGAAAAGACGUGUGCUCCAUUAUCUCAACAGGGCACUACCUCCUCCCUGUUCUCGCGUAUGGAAUCAUCGGCGCAGGCGGUAUCUUCUCCGCUGCCUCCGCGGCAAGCACAGCCAGCGAACUAGCAAAGCAACUACAAGGUGCCAGCUCGAAGAUUCUCAUCACCUGUCAAGCUACCCUGGAGACUUCGAUCAGAGCUGCAGAGGAUGCCGGGUGGGGUCAGGGUGGAGGCGGGCGCGUACUGCUUAUGAGUGAGGGGAGGGAGUGGACGUUGAAGGUUGUUGGUGAAGAUGGGAGGCCCGGGAAGGAUAUCGUUGAUGAAGGAGAUUUGCUGCCGUGGACGCGGAUUACGGAUAGGAAAGAGUUGGAAGAGAGCCUGAUAGUACUGAUUUAUAGCUCUGGGACCACUGGAUUACCUAAGGGAGUAAAGCUUUCGCACCGGAAUGUUGUGAGCCAGACUGUUAGUACGGGGGAUAUGAUGAAAGCGUGGGUGAAAGAGAAACGUCCGGGUUUUGAAUACCGGACAAUCGCCCACCUCCCCACCGCCCACAUAGCCGGCGUACAAGGCUACCUCAUAAACCCCUUCUACCUGGCCGGAACCGUAUACUGGAUGCCCCGCUUCGACUUCCCAUCCUUCCUCACCUACAACGCCCGCUACCACAUAACCUUCUUCUUCACCGUUCCCCCCAUCCUUUUGCUAAUCGCCAAAUCCCCCUUGGCAACCACGCAAUUCGCAUCCCUAGAAUUCUGUGUCUCGGGAGCCGCGCCACUAGGAAGAGACCUUCAGAAUGGUAUGUUCUAUAUCGUGGAUAGGAAGAAGGAGUUGAUAAAGUACAAGGGGUUACAGGUCGCGCCUGCGGAGUUGGAAGCCAUGCUGCUCAGUCAUCCGCUCGUGCUGGAUGCUGCGGUUAUUGGUGUGUUGACGGAUGAUGGGACGAAUGAGGUGCCGAGAGCAUACGUUGUCGCUGAUAAGAGUAAGAUUGGAGAGAAAGAUAUUAUUGAAUUUGUCAAGGGGAAGGUUGCUGGGCAUAAACAGUUAAGGGGAGGUCAACAAAACCAAAGGAUCCAGGACAUCCUCCCAACCCUUCAGAACGAGGCAGAUCAAAUCGACCAGAUUGCAAAGAUAAGAGGAUGGUUCCGUCCCAAAGAAGACAGCGCGUACUACCCAUUGAUUCAAGACUACCUCGAUGAGAAGAUCGACGUGAAAGAAGCGACGGCGCGCAUCCUCGGACCGAUUGAUGAAAAGAUCAAGGAGUCCAAACUCGACGACGUCGACUUCAUGGACCUAUGGACCAGCAUCAUUCACUCAGCAAGACGAUCAACAUUCCGCGACGGCGCCCGAACGCAGCACCACCAACUCAUCGAGUUACUCGCCGCAUUCAAGGAGCACUCAAUACCGGACAACAAGGAGUAUGACUACCUCUACAAGGAAAUGACCGACUUUGGCAUGGCCUGUCGUGAGGCCUUCAACGACGCGCCGGCCGCUCACGAAGGCUUCAUCGAGACGGAGGUGCAAGCUUGGACGAACAUGAACUACUUCUACGCCUUUGUAGCAAGGGAACAUAUCUACGAUCUCUCCAUGUACGCCAUCUUCGCGCUACGGGAAGCUCUCGAGACACCUCCCAUCGACGAACCCAUGUCGACGGCCAACCAAAAAUACGACGCAAACGUUCCCGCAGCUGCAGCUUGGAUAAUAGCCUACGGCCACGACCUCUUCCGCAUGGAAAAAGAUCUCACGCCCACCGAUAAAAAGCAAGGCAACCCUGGACGCGGCGGCGAACUCUGGAAGGGCAAAAGCGAGUUCAGCAAAGAAAGAUGGGCGCUCUGGAAAGAACGGUUCGCAGCGAUUGCGGAGAUGGAGGGUGUCAAGGAACGAACGAGGCUCGAUGCCAAGGAUGCGAUAGAGGCCAUGGAGAGGAGCCAGACGUAUGAGCUCAUGAGGUAA